GUGCAGUACGGGUCGGCACAGGGAACACUCAUAGAAAAUGAUUUGACACCAGAAGACUGUCGAUCGUUUGAACUAGUGGAGACUGAUUUCUUUGAUUUUACCAGCAUGGACUCUUUCAUGAAAACGUUUCUUUUAUCGCUGUUUCCGGCACUUCCUGACUGGUUGAGAUUCGAAAAGUCUAGCACUGAAAUAUUGUCUGUACAAGACAUAAAGAGCGAUCUAAUAUAUGGCAGAAAUAUGGAUGAGAUUUCAUGGUGCACAGGGGCGCCCGUAUUACCAGACCAUUUAUACACAGUGUUUAGAUUUGAUACCGGGUUUACACUUAAUGUUAUGGGACACCAAGUUGAUAUUCCUAAACCAUUGAAUUCUAGGAAAUUUUGCUUGAUUGUUGACCUUUGUCACGGCUACGGCGGAACAGUGUUUUUAAUGAUUCCAAAAGAGUCUCGUAAUUUCCUGUUGGAUCUGAAUAUUUUUCAGACACUUAAGGAAGAGCAGAAUAUUCACAUCCUUCCUAGAGGAAUCGGUAUUUCAUUAGUAAAUGGAAUAAAUGCUAAUUAUCAUACAUUAUCUGAUGAGCUUUGGAAUGGAGAUUUGAUGUUCACACCCUUACUACCGGAAGUGGAUUUCUGGAUUGGCGGUGACUUGAUCAAAUAUGAUGAAUAUUUUACAGUCGAUGGAAAUGCAGAUAUUUAUUUAGGCGUUCCGAGUGUGCAGACGAUGAUGACAUCAAUUUUUCGAGAAGAAUGGACAGGGUUUAUUGACAUUCAGCUGUCCGUGUCACCAGUCCUUAGAUUCAAACUUCUUGGCAAGGACUAUUCAGUUUCCCUUCAGCUAGUCACAGCAUCAUUAAAUACUUACAUUUCUUUUGGAGGCUCUAAUCGGAAAUGGUGUGGCGAAGAUUCAAAUCCUCAAGGCAUAUUUCUGUUUGCAAUGAUUGAAAUUAACCCGUUUAAAGGUGUACCUGUCCUCGAAGAUAUUGUGUUUUCAUCCACAAAUCGUUUACACUUGUAUGUGACUACAGACCCGCAAGAAAGUCAUCUUGAAGAAAUAAAUUUGAACAUAACAAAUGAUAUAUUAGAACUAGACAAACUGCUUAGCAACACUGUAUCCAUUCUUGAAGAGGCGAUCAACAACAUGGAACUGGCACUAUCGGGCGCUAUAAAAGCGAUCUUUGUUGAAGUAAAAGGGAGCGUGGUAGAAAUGAAGAAAAUAAUAAAUAUAAAUUUUAACGAUUUCCUAUCUGGAAAUUUAGAAGAGCUAAAAGGGCACUUGGAAGAUACUCAACAAAAGUUUUAUCAAAUAAGGACUGCUGUUUACAACUUUGCCGAUGAAACUGAAUUUAUUGUCAGUGAAGCGAAAGAUAACUUCACAAAUUUACUCGGAAGCCACGUCCAAAUCAUUGAAGAAAUUAUCCGAAACAUUUCUAAUCAUAUCACAAAAAGUACUAUCUCAUCGGUUGGAAACUACACAGGGUUUGGUUUUAAGUUCACAACGGACUGGAAAAUAUUUGGAUUAAAACUAUUUGGCUUUGAUUUCGAAAUUGUUUAUUCAAAGGGAGAUUUAUAUGGAUGCAGCCGAUUUGAGAAAGUAAAACAGCUCCUUGAUGGAGAAACUGCUUUACGUGUUUUAGGUAGGGCAUCCAGGGAGUACAAGCUGGGAUAUUUUCUAAAAUAUGAAAAAGGUUUUGGUUUAGGCGGAGCCUUUGCUAUACACUCUAAUAAUGUUAUUUUACAUUUGCAAGCGUUUGUAAGUAUGCUCGGAAUAAAAGCAACUGGAGACAUUUUCAUCAGCAAAAAUGGUAUAUAUUUCUAUUUAGAAGGUAAUAUCUGGGAUAUUUUUCUCGUUCAAAUAGAAGUUACAGCCGAGGUUGGAAAAGAGUGGUAUCAGCUGACAUUUAAUCUUCGUGGCCGUUUUGUUGCAAAGGCGAGGAAAAGGCGUCAUUUGCAAGUAAAUACUGAAACUUCGGCAGUGCGAUAUAGAAAUAUGGGUGUGUUUCGAAAAGCGAGAAAAAGGCGACAGGUUCAGUCUGAUAGCUCUUCCUUUCAAGACAGUUACCUAGAUGCUUUAAAAAAGGCCAUACGUCUGGUAUCUGAAGACGCACAGAAACGAUUGUCCCAAGCUCAAGCAGCACUAACAUCUGCACAAAGUGGUUUGACAAAGGCACAGAACUGGCUGGAUGAAAAGCAAACUGCCGUUAGACAUGCCAGUAUCAUAUUUGACAAUGCAGUUGAGAAGCUUGAAAGAGCAAAGGAAAAACUUGAAGAAGCGAAGGGACCGUUAAAAGAAGCGAUAAAAAAAUUGGAAGCCGCACAAAAAUCUGUCGAUAAUCUUUGUAGAAUAAGAACAUGUUCGACAAUAUGCAUUCCUGGAGUUAAAUGUGGAAUUUGUUAUAUAAGGGUUUGGUUUAUUAAGGUACCAUACCCUUGUUGCAGAUUAACAAGUUGUAUGAUAAGAUUUCCUGAUCCUCUUUGUGUUAUUGCUAAUAUAGCUUGUAUGAUUUUACGAGCGGCCGUUUAUAUAUUGUUAGAAAUCGCAAAAAUAUUUGUUAGAGUAGCAAUGUUGGCUUUUGACGUCGCUAAAGCAGCAGUAACUGCAGCACAUUUUGUUGUAGACAUGUCUCGUGUUGUCCUAGUGGUAGCGGAAGGAAUAUUAGAACUAGCAAAAACUGGUCUUGAAGUCGCAAAAAGCAUCUUGGAGGUCGCUAAAGUUGCACUGGAAGGAGUAAAAUUAGUAAUAGGUGCCGCAGCUAAGGUACUUGAGUUUGUUAUAGAAUAUGGUUUGAAAAAUAUAAUAGACGUUCGAAACUGUGGAUUUAAUAUUGAAUUGUCCACUCAGGACUUGCCGGCUUUUGAGGUUUCGUGUGAAGUAAACGCCUUUCGGUUGGGUUGGAGAAAAAUUAAAUUGAAAAUAAACUUUAAAAACAUUGUACAGAGUAUAUGGCAGGCAGCGAGGGCAACAAUAAAAGCUAUCAUUGACAUUUUUGGUGGAAUUUUUUCUGGAAGGAAACGAAGGGACAUUGAAUUUGAUGCGUCCUCACGUAUACAUGUGCUGCUCCGGAAGAUACGGGAAUCAGGUGGUUUAAACAACACUGAUACAUAUUUUAAUGAAACUAUUGAUAUCGUGAACAAUAUUACAGGUUUUCGUGAUACAGGAGACAGUGAUUCUGAUAACAGAAUAGAGCUCUUUCGUGAAAAAUGUAUAACAAUAACUGUUAUACAGGACUUCAUGCAGGAUGCCUUUGAUUCCUUGCAAUAUAUUGUAAACGAAUCAAAAUCUUAUAUUGAUGAGAUUGACAAUGUAAAUAUGCAGUUACAAGAAUACAACAUUAUUAAUUCAACGACUGCCAAUGUUACUGUGGACAGUGUGGGAAUAAAUACAGAAUAUGCUGUUUACAAUUAUAACAUGACAGAGGAAGAUAUAGACAGGGCUAUAAAUGAUUCAAAAACGGCAGCAGCUGACGAUCCAUUGUUUACUGAAAUACAGUCAGCAGCAAAUAUUUCUGCACAAAUCGUUGAUGCGGAAAAAAAAGCGGUUGAAUCUGUAAAUUACCAAAGCGCUUGGUUUUCCUCAAUGAAAAAUAUGACGAGAGAAUACUUUAAUGAAUCAGAGUGUGAAGAUUUCCAAGACUGCAUUUUCUAUUCAAUUUCAAACUUGUAUGCCCUCUACGAAUCCGAAGAUCUUCCAAAUAUAACGAACAUACAGAAAUCUAUUCUAGAAUUGGAAAGGAUAUUGUUAGAAACGUUUCAGAACGAAUCUUCAUCAAUAAUGGAUACUUCAGUAGCUAUGGGGUAUAUUGUCAGUCAUAUCAACGAUCUUGUUAGUAUGAAUUUGUUCUGUUCAGAAGCCCCGCAGUUUCUAACACUUCUACAAAACCAAACUGCAUUGAACGGUAGCGAUGUUCAAUUUUACUGCCAUGUUACUGGCGAUCCGAAACCAAAUUACUCUUGGCUUAAGAACGACACAAUUAUUCCCGGGGAAUUUUCAAGCAGGAUAACUAUUACAGACGUCACAGACAAGGACACAUUUGACAAAUACAACUGCGUGGCUGGAAACGUGGUGGCUAACGUAACGUCUAAUGGUGGCUACAUUACUGUUGUCCUGGAAGAUGAAGACGAAUGCCUGACUGAGGGUAGUUAUUGUCAACAUGUUUGCAACAACACGAUUGGAUCAUACGUAUGUUCUUGCUUUACUGGGUAUAUGCUUGAGGAGGAUGGUAUAUCAUGUUCAGAUUCGAAUGAAUGCAAUGAAGACAAUGGGGGUUGCGAUCAAACGUGCAAUAACACUGAAGGAUCAUUCACGUGUUCUUGUAAUGAUGGAUACGAACUACAAACUGAUGCGAGAACAUGCACAGAUAUAAACGAAUGUCUGACAAACAGGGGAGGAUGCCAGCACAAGUGCAUUAACAAUGAAGGAUCUUUCGCGUGUUCAUGUGUUGAUGGAUACAAAUUAAAUACUGAUGGGGCAACAUGCAUUGAUAUAAACGAAUGUUUGACAAACAAUGGAGGAUGUCAACACAAGUGCAUCAACGAGAAUGGAUCAUUCACGUGUUCUUGCGAUGAUGGAUACGAACUACAUACUGAUGGGACAACGUGCAUUGAUAUAAACGAAUGUUUGACAAACAAUGGAGGAUGUCAACACAAGUGCAUCAACGAGAAUGGAUCAUUCACGUGUUCUUGCGAUGAUGGAUACGAACUACAUACUGAUGGGACAACGUGCAUUGAUAUAAACGAAUGUGUGACAAACAAUGGAGGAUGCCAACACAAGUGCAUUAACGAGGAAGGAUCGUUCACGUGUUCCUGUGAUGAUGGAUACGAAAUAGGUACUGAUGACAGAACGUGUAAUGAUAUCAACGAGUGUCAAACAGACAAUGGAGGAUGCCAACACAAGUGCAAUAAUGAGGAGGGAUCAUUCACGUGUUCUUGUGAUGAUGGAUACAAACUGCAUACGGAUAGGACAACAUGCUUUGAUAUAAACGAAUGUUUGACAAACAAUGGAGGAUGUCACCACAAGUGCAUUAACGAGGAAGGAUCAUUCACAUGUUCUUGCGAUGAUGGAUACGAACUACAUACUGAUGAGAGAACAUGCACAGAUAUAAAUGAGUGUCUAACUGGGAAUGGAGGAUGCGAACACAAGUGCACUAACGAAGAAGGAUCAUUCACGUGUUCCUGUGAUGAUGGAUACGAACUACAUACUGAUGGGACAACAUGCAUUGAUAUAAACGAAUGUCUGACAGACAAGGGAGGAUGCCAACACAUGUGCAUUAACGAGGAAGGAUCGUUCACGUGUUCUUGCGAUGAUGGAUACGAACUACAUACUGAUGAGAGAACAUGCACAGAUAUAAAUGAGUGUCUAACAGGGAAUGGAGGAUGCCAACACAAGUGCAUUAACGAGAAUGGAUCAUUCACGUGUUCCUGUGAUGAUGGAUACGAACUACAUACUAACGAGAGAACGUGUAAUGAUAUAAACGAGUGUCAAACAGACAAUGGAGGAUGCCAACAAAAGUGCAAUAAUGAGGAAGGAUCAUUCACAUGUUCUUGCGAUGAUGGAUACAAACUACAUACGGAUAGGACAAAAUGCUUUGAUAUAAACGAAUGUUUGACAAACAAUGGAGGAUGUCAACACAAGUGCAUCAACGAGGAAGGAUCAGUCACAUGUUCUUGCGAUGAUGGAUACGAACAACAUACCGAUGGGACAACUUGCAUUGAUAUAAACGAAUGUCUGACAAACAAGGGAGGAUGCCAACACAAGUGCAUUAACGAGGAAGGAUCGUUCACGUGUUCAUGUGAUGAGGGUUACGACAUACACACUGAUGAGAGAACGUGCAAUGAUAUAAACGAGUGUCUAACAGGGAAUGGAGGAUGCCAACACAAGUGCGUUAACGAAGAUGGAUCGUUCACGUGUUCAUGCGACGAAGGAUACGAACUACAUACGGAUGGGACAACAUGCAUUGAUAUAAACGAAUGUUUGACAAACAAUGGAGGAUGUCAACACAAGUGCACCAACGAGAAUGGAUCAUUCACGUGUUCUUGCGAUGAUGGAUACGAACUACAUACUGAUGGGACAACGUGCAUUGAUAUAAACGAAUGUUUGACAAACAAUGGAGGAUGUCAACACAAGUGCAUCAACGAGAAUGGAUCAUUCACGUGUUCUUGCGAUGAUGGAUACGAACUACAUACUGAUAGGACAACGUGUAUUGAUAUAAACGAAUGUCUGACAGACAAGGGAGGAUGCCAACACAAGUGCGUUAACAAAGAUGGAUCAUUCACGUGUUCUUGCGACGAAGGUUACGAACUACAUACAAAUGGGACAACAUGCAUUGAUAUAAACGAAUGUGAUACUGACAACGGAAAAUGUGAAGAUAGCUGCUACAAUUUUUUUGGAACAUAUACCUGUGCAUGCCCAGUUAAACAUAUUUUGGAAACGGAUGGACUGACAUGCAAAGACGCCAGUAAGCAGUCUCUGUCAUCAUCAAUAAGACUUACCUUAGAUGACGAAACAGCUGUUUCAAACUACACGGUAUACAUUGAAAUACGGAAAAUGUUGGAACUUUACUUUAGCACAGUCACUGCAGCACCAAUAUCUGUUUUUGUCAACAGUUUAAGACGGGGAAGUGUUAUUGCAGACUAUACUGUUGUAUUUGAUGAGAAAGAUGUGAAUGGAACAGCAGAUUUAAUUGUUCAAGCAAUAAUAGAUUUAGAGGACAGUGGAACUCUUUUGUUUGAUGAAAAACAAAUCCAUGCCAAAUCACUUUUACCGGUCAGCGCUACAGAUCCAUGUGAUGUUCGUGAAAAACUAGCUGGUCAGUGUGAAGAAGGUUCUUAUUGUGAAGUUGUUGGCAGAUAUCCAAGUUGUCGAAAAGUAUCGGUUUCCAUUUACAAAGAUAAUAACAUAGUAUAUGUUGUGAUUGGCGUGGUUGGUUUCCUGUUCGUAUUAGUGCUGCUGACGUUGUGUGCCCGAAAGAUAAGAUUAUCUCGAAAUAAAGACAGACACUUGAAUGGGAUGACAACGAAUUCCAGUGAAUCAGUGCAAGAGUUAGGUAUGCUUUUAUUUAAGAAAUAA